CAGCUGACCAGAUUUGAUCCGUGUGAGUGCACCAGUUUGGAUGGCCCCUGCAGCCAUUUUUUGGGCGGGCUCAAGGGUAUUUUCCUCAGACUGCGAAGCAGCCCGUGUCUUUUUUCGAACCUGAUGCCCUUGGAGAGCCCAGGCAUUUUUGCUUGGCCUAGCAUGGUGUCCUCACAAGAGGACAUCCUCACUCUGGUGCCCAAAGACCGAAGGCUUCCGCCACUGCGCAGCUUCCAGCGCCUGAUUGAGGAGCUGGUAGCAGUUCAUACCCAGGAGGUGGACCUGCUUCAAACGGAAAUAGAGCAACUACGGCAGUCCAUACCGAGUGGGUCGCCCCUGUUGUCACAUGGAAACUCCCAGGAGAACCUGGCGCCGCCAGAGAUUUUGGGCCUGUCUCCACCAAUCGAGGAAGUGGUUCAUGACGAGCAGUUGGUUGUGGAGCCUGCAGAGUCCCCAAUACGAUCUGCCAAGACCUUCGACAUCGCUACGGCCAGCCGCGCGUCAAAGGCAUCAUUCAUGUCGACAGGGUCUAAUCCCUUGGACCUGGACUCCGACUCCAGCGACGAGCAGCCGAAUGAGCAAGAGGUCGCGCGGAUGAGUCGGAUACAGGCCUUUUUCCUCAGUAGUUCCUUUGAGUCAAUGGUGGCCAUUCUUCUUUUCAUUAACAUUUGUGUAAUGGCAAUGCAGCUGCAAUUCCUGGGGCUGCAAAACGGGUACAACAUUGGUAUCGAAAGGUAUAGCACUCCGCCAGACCAGGCGUGGCCCUAUGCGGAUACCGUUUUCUUCAUUUGCGACAUCACCUUCGCUGCCCUGUUUACGCUUGAGAUGAUGAUCCGCCAGUUCUACCUGCGACUCACGUUCUUCAAGUACUUCUUGAACUGGCUGGAUUUUCUGGUGGUUUGCAGCUCAUGGAUUGAGUUGUUUGCUGCCGGCCUGCCCAUCAACCCCACUUUCCUGCGCAUGCUCCGCUUGGGGAAGCUUCUACGAGCGAUUCGUGUUGUCCGCAUGUCGCAAGUCCUGGAAUCCUUGCAGUUGCUUUUGAAGUGCAUUGCAGCCAGUGUGAAAAUACUCUUUUGGUCUUUGUUUCUUUUAAUGAUCAUUCAGAUCAGCGCUGGUAUGAGCAUUAGCUAUUUGGUCAGUGAAUAUUUGGUGGAUCCAACCGUGGAUAUCAAGAAUCGGGAAGCCGUUUUUAGAUACUAUGGAUCCUUUACGAAGACCUUACUGACAAUGUUUGAGGUCCUUUUUGCAAAUUGGGCUCCGCCCUGCCGGGUGCUGAUCGACAAUGUGAGCGAGUGGUACGCUUUAGUCUUCGUCAUCUACAGGUGUUUUGUUGGAUUCGCAGUCUUGAAUGUUGUUAACGCCGUCUUCGUCCAAUCCACCAUGAAGGUGGCCCAGGCAGACGAGGAAUUCAUUUUGUUGGAGAAGAAGAAGGCUGAGCAAGCCUAUCGACGAAAGGUCAACUCUCUCUUCAGACAGGUGGAUACGUCAGGCGAUGGCAAGAUCGACGCACAUGAGUUCAAGCGACUGCUGAAGGCGCCGAAGUUGCAAGCUUGGCUGACGCAGCUGGAGAUCGAGACCAAUGAUCUUUGGGGCCUCUUCAAGAUGUUGGAUCAAGGCGAGGGUGAGAUCUCUUUGAAAGACUUCGAGGAUGGGACCAUGCGAAUCAAAGGCCUGGCGCGGAGCUACGACGUGGCGCAGCUGCAAAUCUCCGUGCAGCGGAUUCAGCAGAAGCUGGAGAACUUGUUGACCGAGAGGACUGGCGAGAGGAGGGAUGUAAAUGAUCGGCAUGACUACUUGUCAUACUACUAGGUUUCACCUGUGCUGAAGCUUCAGGUAUGAUGGGCGCCCAGUGAUGCCCAGUGAUCCAAAAAGACUUCAGCCAGCUGAUAUCCCGGCUGAGGGAUUUUCGGGGGGUGGCCACCGUUCCGCUUUUACUUUUGUGCAGUUCUUACAUGAAUUGUCCUUGCAAAGUCAAAACCUCAA